AUGGACGCUCUCAAAGCUGCUAUUCAGACCAAACGCAAGGCACUCGACGAGAUGCCGUCAAAGCCCAGUAAAUACAUGCGCAGGGGCGAUAUUGAACGGUUGAAAGAGGAAGAGGAACGCAAAGCGCGGGAGGCAGAACGCCUUGCAAAAGAGGAGGCAGAACGCAAUACUCCCAAAGCCAAAACCCCCGCCUCCCGCUCCCAGACCUCUUCUCCGCAUCCCAGUGCAUCCCGUUUGACCGCUUCACCUCCACCUGACGCUUCCACGUUGGAGGCCAUCACGACGACAUUUAACAUCUCCAACGACGAGACAGUUCGUCGUCUCCGCGCCAAGGGCCAGCCUGUCCGCUUGUUCGGUGAGUCGGACAAGGAGCGCCGCCUGCGACUCCGCGCCCUUGAGCUCAUCGAGGAAAAGGGACACGACCGUGCGGGUGGACAAAACGACUUUCGCAAGGCGCUUGAGGACGUCGAGAGCGCAGAGCGAGAGCUGAAAGACCGAACCUCUGCCUCCGAUGCAGGAAAGGGGAAGAAGAAGGGCGACGCAGAAGGUGAGGGAGGUGUGUUGGAUCUGGGACUUAUCAAGACCGACCCGGACAAGCUGUAUCCUAUAAUCUAUUUUGCUCUCAAACGAACGUUGAAGGAGUGGGAGGAGAGCUUAGCUGAACGACCAGAACACAUCAAACGCUCCACGCAGGGGAAGUUGGCGGCGGCAACGCAGGUCCAAUCAGCAGAGUAUCUCAAACCGUUGUUCAAAAUCAUCCGUUCACGAUCUCUCCCAUCAGAUGUCCUCGCACGCAUAGCAGAGAUUGUGCACCACAUGCAGAAGAGGCAGUAUCAACGCGCGAACGACUCGUACCUGCGCCUUUCCAUCGGCAAUGCUCCCUGGCCUAUCGGUGUAACCAUGGUUGGCAUCCAUGAGCGGUCAGCUCGCGAAAAAAUUUCUUCAGACCAGGUCGCACACGUGUUGAACGACGAAGUUAGUCGAAAGUACAUACAAAGCCUUAAGCGGCUGCUCACGUUCUCACAGACAAAGUAUCCUCCCGAAGACGUAUCGCAGCUCAUGGGGUAG